UCAGGAAUCAAAUCUUAAGUCAUAUGAAAUGUACUUGAAAACCAGAAAUGUACAUAUAGCGAAUAAAACGACACACAUUUUUUUUCUCACUGUCUGAGGAUUUUUUUUGUGGAUUUUUUUUUUUUUAAUUAUUCUAAUUAAAGUUAAACCAAACUUUAAUUAGAAUAACCAAAAUUCUCCUUUCGUUUUUAAGCCAGGUAAAACCCCAUUGAGAUAUAGAUCUCAUUUUCAAGAGGGACCUGAGCAGAAAUGCAACACACCUAGUUACACAAAAGUAAAACAAGUUAAAACGUAUUUCUAGCUGCAGAUGAUGAGACAAAAUAUGUCAUCUCAGGCCCAGAGAGCAUUAGUGAUAAGUGCUGUAAUGGAGUGUGUGGCCUAAAAGCCUGAUGCAGUUCGACCAGUUCUGUUAGAAAAUAUGGUCUAAAUUUCCACCAGGGUAUAUGUUUGGGCAAGAACAAACUGUGCAUCCGCUAACUAUUCACAGUGCUUCACUUUUUCCACAUUUUAUGUUACAGCCUAAUUCAAAACUAUAAAAAAAAAAAAAAUCUCUUUACUCAAAAUUCAACGCACCAAUAACCCAUUAUGACAAUGUAGAAAAUAAGACUGUUAGUGUUUUCGAAAUUUAUUAAAAACGGAAACUCACCUCUAAGUUGUAGAAACAACUUAGAAACAUUUAAGUUGUUUCUACAACUUAAAUGGAGUCCAUCAGCGGUCAAUUCAGGUGAUUGGUCUUGAUUUGGAAAGGCACACGCCUGUCUAUAUAAGGUUCCACUGUUGACAGAGCAGGUCAGAGGUCAAACACGAAGCAUGGAAUCGAAGGGGUUUUAUGUAGACCUCUGAGACUCCCAAAUCUGGAGAAGGCUCUGGAUAUUUUUAACGGCAUGUAAUUAAGAGCAAUCAUUUGGUCAUCAUAAUAGCAAAACCACAGACAUUAAUCACAAGAGAGAAAAAGUAAAGGGUUAUGAGCUUGUGAUGUUGUGUUUGCUGCUGUAAAUGUGCUAUGUAAAUAAACUUUGACUUGACUUGACACACCAAGAUCCUUUUUUACUGCGGGAUCGCUAAGAGUGAACAAGUAUUGCUUUCAAACUGUCAGAUUUUCACAGACUAUUAGAAUUCCAGUAUAUUUUAUUUGUUGUGAAUUUAAUCGAUCAAUCACAUGAUGCUGGAACUUGACACGUUUAAAUGAAAAUCAGCAUGUCCCAAGAAAACAUCCCCAUUCAAAUGUCUGCAAAGCUACUUUAAUUAUUUUUCACAUUUAUUCUUUUUGAUGUAGAAACUCACAAUAUAAUUUCCGCAUUUGACAGUUUUUGUUCAAGCGAUUGAAAUAAGCUAACACGAUAAAUGAAAACGGAAUAAUUACGUAAAAGAAGGUUGUUUUAGUGUAUUCUCAACAUGCUCCAGUAAAGCGGGAAAAAAGCGGGCCUGGCAACCACCCGUGUCAUCUACCCUGGCUCGUGAGCUCUACGUCGCAAACGUGAUUGGACAGCAGACGGAGACAGUCACAAGAAUAGAUUUCCACCCGAGAAGCUAAAGGUAACGUUAGCUAGUUUAUUGUUUUUACUGCUUUUUAUUCCCACUUCCUACGAGGAAAGAUUAAAACAAUGAAAUAAAAUAACGUUUGAGUCUAUUUGAUCUUUUAGGUUAAAGUUAACUCAUUUUUAUAAAGAGCUUUGCUGAAAGUGCAAUGUUAUUAUCACGCCGAUAUAACUUGAAAUGUUAAUCGUUUCUAUAUUGCUGAUUAUUAUGACAAAAUUGCGUCAAAGUUUAAUAUGCUUAGCUAGAAACGGGCUUCAGCGAGUUUUCGUGUCUGGGAACAUGUGGAAGCUGUAACAAAUAUGGCGGCGGAGCACCAGCGCCAAGCUGCUGCCUUGAAGCUUGGAGCAACAUGGCGGUCGUGGCUUCGCAUAAGGACGACACUGACAUGUGCUGCAGUUGCGUUAGAGUGACAUAAUUAGCGGGAGACCGCAUUGUAGGCUUCAUUUCUCAAUUAUUCAUAACCAGCCCGUCGUUGAAACAUUAGCUUAGUAGCAGUUAUCGCGGUGUUUGCCGGGUUUUCGAGGCAUUGACGUCGAAGUUAGCGUUCAAAUGUUAACGGGCUACUGAACCAGGGUUUUUAACACCGUCCGGGAAAGUAUGGAAUUAAAUUUUAUACGUUUUCAAUUGUGCUUUCAUGUGAAUUAUACCGAAGAGUGUUAGAAAAAAAAUAUUUAUUUCCCUUGAGUUGGGCAUUCCCGUAGUUUAUUGUACCUUUUUUAAGGGAUGCAAGAGAAAGUUCUAGCUGUAGACAUAUUUCUAUAUUGUGGUUUGCCUUCCCACAUCUAGUACAAAUAAUCUGCUUCCUAAAGGGGUUAAAGAUUUUUAAACCAUGAUUCUGUUAAGUUACUGGUAAUACAUUAAAAUCCUGAAGUCAUGGGGAGGGAAAAAAAUUUAAAUUGUAAUUUUUUUUCUUUUUUAAAAAGAUUUCCAUAAAUAUGGACGAGUGGGAAGAAGAGGAAAAUAAAGCAACUACAUUUACAGCAGCCAGCUAUUCCUCUAAUGAUGCGGCAGGAAGAGACUCAUGGAAAAGUGAACAUGGUGAAUUUGGACGAGACGGAGACAGCAGGGAAUCUAACGAAGACGGGGAAAGACAUGGUUUCAGUGGGAGAGGAGGUCGAGAGGAUGGUGAUGGAGCUCAUGAGAAUGGGUUCAGAGGGCGAGGAAGAGGAGGUCGGGGAGGAAGAGGAGGAUUCAGACAAGAUGCUGAGCAGGGAGGAAGAGGAGGCUUUGGUGGAGGUUACCGUGGAAAAGACGAAGAGACCUUCAAUCCAGGAGAAGACAAAGGUUCAGUUAAGGACGACCCUGAUAGUGACAAACCGAGAGUCACAUACGUUCCUCCAACGCUCCCUGAAGACGAAGACUCCAUCUUCUCCCAUUAUAAGAGUGGAAUCAACUUUGACAAGUACGACGACAUCUUGGUGGACAUCAGCGGCACCAACCCCCCCAGGGCCAUCAUGACCUUUGACGAGGCGGCCCUGUGUGAGUCCCUGAGGAAAAACAUCAGCAAGUCUGGCUACGUGAAGCCGACCCCGGUGCAGAAGCAUGGCAUCCCCAUCAUCUCUGCAGGCAGAGACCUCAUGGCCUGUGCACAGACCGGCUCUGGGAAGACGGCUGCUUUCCUGCUGCCCAUCCUGCAGCAGCUCAUGACGGACGGCGUGGCGGCCAGUCGCUUCAGUGAGACACAAGAACCCGAAGCCGUCAUAGUCGCUCCAACCAGAGAACUCAUCAACCAGAUCUACCUGGAGGCUAGGAAGUUUGCUUAUGGGACGUGUGUCCGACCUGUUGUGGUCUAUGGAGGAGUCAGCACUGGACACCAGAUCAGGGAAAUCCUGAAAGGAUGUAACGUGGUGUGUGGAACUCCUGGACGUCUGCUGGACAUGAUUGGGAGAGGAAAGGUGGGACUGAGUAAGGUGCGGUACCUGGUGCUGGACGAGGCCGACCGGAUGUUGGACAUGGGCUUUGAGCCAGACAUGCGGCGCCUGGUUGGCUCCCCUGGAAUGCCGUCCAAGGAGAAUCGUCAGACUCUAAUGUUUAGCGCCACCUACCCUGAAGACAUCCAGAGGAUGGCUGGUGACUUCCUAAAGCUGGAUUAUCUGUUCCUGGCUGUGGGCAUUGUGGGCGGAGCCUGCAGCGAUGUGGAACAGAAGUUUGUACAAGUCACCAAGUUCUCCAAGAGAGAGCAGCUGCUUGAUAUCCUCAAAACCACAGGAACGGAGCGUACCAUGGUGUUUGUGGAGACCAAGAGACAAGCAGACUUCAUCGCUGUGUUCCUGUGCCAGGAGAAAGUUCCAACCACCAGCAUCCAUGGUGACCGAGAGCAGAGGGAACGGGAGCUGGCUUUGACAGAUUUCCGCUCUGGGAAAUGUCCUGUUCUGGUGGCCACCUCUGUAGCUGCCCGUGGUCUGGACAUUCCAGAUGUUCAGCAUGUGGUGAACUUUGACCUACCAAAGGACAUCGACGAAUACGUCCAUCGUAUUGGGAGAACUGGGCGCUGUGGGAACGUUGGGAGAGCUGUGUCAUUCUUUGACCCAGAGGUUGACGGGGGGUUGGCCCGCUCCCUGGUCACGGUUCUGUCCAAGGCGCAGCAGGAAGUGCCGCCUUGGUUGGAGGAGUCUGCCUUCAGCAGCCACGGCGCCGGCUUCAACCCCAGGAAAACAUUCGGCUCCACGGAUUCCAGAAAGACGGGCUCCUUCCAGGAGAGCAGCGGGAAGAGCCAGGCUGCUGCUCAGGCUGCAGCUGAUGACGAGGAAUGGGAGUGACGCUUCUCCAGAUCCCAGACUGUUGAUUUGGUUCUUUGGUUCACUUGUUGUUUCAGUGUUUGUUAAAUGAAUCCUGGGGAAGCUCAGCUUGUGAAUGUUGAAUGUAGAACCCCGGGCUUGCAUGCAGCUUUUUUUUUACUUGGUGAUAUUGUGCAGUUUUGAUUUCAAUUUUCGAUAAAUUAAAACGGUCAGUCUGCUGAUCAAAUUUAGUGUUUUUAUUUCUUUUGAGCAUUGGCGCUCCUGAAAUGAGCAAUAAAUAGUGAGCAGCCUGAAUUUUUCCUAUUACUGAAAGUCAAACACACGAGGCAAGUUAGAGGUAAAAGCUCAGCUUUCCAGUUGCUGCUCUGCCAGUCAGUUUUCCCAUCAAUCAAUGUUCAAAGCAACAGUUCAGUAAUGUAGUCGGUGUGGAGAUCAAAACUGAGGUGACCAGCAGAGCUCCAGGUGAUGCAGGGACAAACGAGCAGUAAGAGUGGAGCUCAUCCUCAUGGUCAGCAGCACAGAAUGUAAACGACUCCCUGAAGAAUGCAUGUUUAAAUGAACUCCAAUAAAAUUACUUUAAAGGAAAAACAUUGUUUGAAACAAAAACAAAAAAGAAUGACUU